AUAUAUAGGCCUAUCUUCUGAUUACAAUCAUUCAGUCGUAUUCGAAAUCAUCAGGACUAUAGAUCUCUAACGAAAAUGGGAGGAUGUCAAGUGAAUUUCGAUUGUGCUGCAGGCCUUUUACCGUACUUUGUAUUUGUAGCUGUAUUUGUGUUAUUUCCACUUGGAAUUCGUAAUGCUGUUUUGUAUCAUAAAACAAACGACUUCAUCGACGGAAAUUGUACGAUUUCAGACUCUUCAUUUUAUAGUAAGAAGGUCAGAUGCGAUUGUCUCCUUUGUAAGAGGAAAACAAAAACCUGCAGUCAAAUGUUUGUUGAAAUUGAUGAUAAUGGGGUAACAAGACGUCUCCAACUUUAUGAGUCAGAAGAUGACAUUGGAAACGAGUGUUUUCUAGAGCCAUGCGAUACAACUUCGGCCUCAGAUGUUGACAAAAUCUACCCAAUAGGUAAGACGUUUGCUUGUAGCUAUCAUCCGGAUAAAGACGAAGCUGUGGUAAACAAGGAGAUACCAAGGUCACGUGUACUCCAUUUGAUGAUUUGGCCCUCUGUAUUCCUGGUUCUUCUGAUGCUCACUUGCAUAGUAGCCUUCAACGUAGAUUGAUGCAAAAGAAACUGGUGAGAAAGCUUUAAUAUUGUUACGAAUUAGAUUUACAAAAUUUAAUUCUUACUACUGUACUAUUUAUGAGCGAUGCCAAAUAAACAUUUGUUCAU